GUAUUUUCGUGUAGCACCCGCUGCUGCUGCCGUGAUUAUUGCUUUUGCUGGCGUUAGUCAAAAUGAAAAGUGGAAGGCAGUUGAUUUGUGGUUCUUUUUAUCUAACAUAACAUCGCUGCAAAUGAGCUAUGGUCAUACAUAUAGUCCGUUUUUAUAAAUAUGUAAUGUUUUUGGAUGUUUGGAGUUAUCGUCUUACAGCGAGUGAUAUAAAGUUCAUCUGACAGUUUUCACUCGCUAUGGAUCGAGCGGUAAACUCUGACCCUGUCGUUAGAGCAGACAAUGGUCGUCAACGCUGGAGAAAUUGUAUUGCAUUUUGGUUACUGGGACUUUGCAAUAACUUCGCAUAUGUGGUGAUGCUGAGUGCAGCACACGACAUCUUACAAAAACAGGAAUCUCAAAACACAACUACACCUACUCCAGCUCCAAAUGGGUCGAACAUCGAGAUCAGCAAGAGCAACAGCAGCAGUUAUGACUGCAAUCCUGUGUCCACUGCUGCUGUGCUGUUGGCUGAUAUCUUACCCACCCUCCUAAUCAAACUCACAGCACCUUUCUAUAUACACAAAGUGCCUUAUGGAUUCCGUGUUUUGGUGUGUUUCUUCACGGCGGUAGUGAGCUUCCUGAUGGUGUCGUUCUCUUCAACAAUACUGAUGAGCAUAUUUGGUGUCGUCUUUGCCAGUAUUAGUUCAGGAUUGGGGGAGCUUUCCUUUCUCUCCCUCUCUGUGUUUUUUAGCAGGGAUGUGUUAAGUGGCUGGGGGUCCGGCACGGGGGCAGCGGGAGUAGCUGGAGCUGUACUCUACUCUGCAUUUACACAGGCUGGUCUGACCCCACGAGUCACGUUAUGGAUCAUGCUGGUUGUGCCUUGUGUUUUGGCUUUCAGCUAUUUCUUUCUCCUAGUGUUCCCGUCCUCAUUUCCACAGUGGAGCCGUCACGAGGGUGAUCAUUCCAGAGAGGUGAACUCCCAGGAGAGACGUCCUUUAAUUGAGGAAGAGCCCGAUACAGAUGAGGACCCUGAGACAGCGGAGGAAGAACGAGAGGUUCAGCACAUCAGACCCCUGACCUUCACUGACAAAAUACACAUUAUAAAGGGUCUGCUGAAGUUUAUUUUUCCUCUUGGUCUGGUUUACUUUGCUGAGUAUUUUAUUAACCAGGGACUGUUGGAGCUGCUCUACUUCCCUGACUCCCGUCUCUCACAUGCAGAACAGUAUCGCUGGUAUCAGACGCUUUACCAAAUUGGUGUGUUUGCUUCCCGCACGUCUCUUGUCUGUUUUAAGAUCAGGAAAAUUUUGCUUAUGUCUCUCUUACAGUGUUUGAAUGCUGUUCUGUUAGCUUUCGCUGUGUACUACCAGUUCUUGCCAAACCCAUGGGUAGUUUUUAUUAUUGUCCUCUACGAGGGUCUGUUGGGAGGAGCGGCCUACGUCAAUACCUUCUUUUUCAUCCGCGUUGAGACCGCUAAGCGCGAGAGAGAGUUUGCCAUGGCUGCAGCAAGCGUAGGGGACAGUCUGGGAAUCGCACUUUCUGCAGUUGCUUCCUUACCAGUUCACCAUUAUUUCUGCUCUUUAUGAACAAAUAAGAAUGCGUUUGUUCUGUGUGUGUUUUUAAAAUAUUUCCUACAUUUUAUUUGCACUACUAUGUUCUGAUUUAAAUGAAUAAUAAUGGUUUGAUUGAUCUGACUGAUAUUUGACCCAGUGACAUUCCGCUCUAACUAAACUUUAUUAACCAAAUUUUGGAUUAUGCUUUAAUUUGUCAGUUUUUUUUUUUUUUUUUAAAUGUAUGGGUGUAAUGCUUCCUGAAAUCAUUCUGGUUCGGUAUUAAAAUAUUUUACGUUUCUUGUGUGUGGCUUUCAUGAGCCCUACUGGGAAAUCACUAACUAGCUCCUAAAAGUGUUGCUGCAUACAUUUCUAAGACAGUUUUAGUUCUCUUUUUGUGGCAUAUGGAAACAGUUGCAACCCUUGGUUUUGCAGUUUAAUUUAUUUAGCAAACGGCAACAACAGAGUGUUGCUUUAUUGAGAUUCAGUGCUUUCAUUUCCCUUUCCCUGCAGGGUUUACAUGACUAUGCCUUCAUUAAAAGUUAAAUUCAGAUAGAGGCACCUUCUUAAUAUGUAGGAAAUGGGGCAAAAAAAAAAUUCUGGAAUUUAUCGAUUAAUUCGAAUUUAAUGUUUUGCAACUAGAGUUUUCUUUAACUUUAAUCGGUCAGUUGUUUUGGAAAAAUUUAUUUGUUUUUGCUAAAUCGCUUAGUCCCAGUAGGAAAAGGAAGCAGAGUGUGCUAACUGAACCAUGAAAGUGUAUUAUAAUCUGGCACUAGAUGGUAGUACGGAGUUGUUUUUAAAAAGCAGGAGUGAGAUAAAAUGUUACGUAGGAGCUAGGCUUUAAGUGUUGGUGUGUGCUUCCAUUCGAAUCAUUUAUCCUCCGCUUUGAUUCACUGCAUCUGUAGAACGGCUCAGUUUUCUCACAUGGAAUAAAAUAAAGGAAAUACAAAAGUAAGCAAAUAA